AGAUGGCGGUGUUGGUAACCUUUAAACUCCAUUAUUCGCUGAUGUUUUCUGUUCCUUGCCUGUCAUUGACAUUUCCGUAUUACUCUUAAACAACUGCGGAUUUAUACAAAUACAGCUUACAAGUGUUUAAAUACAUGAGGGAAUAUAGCUCACAAUGAAUACGGCGUUAAAGCACUGGAAAGAAGCUGCGACAGUCAUUUUAGCAGCGGGGACGAGACGAAGGCCUGUCGUGAACAAUUUGAAAGACAAAGCGUCCUUUGGAGGUGUAGAAAACAAUUCAAAACAAAUGUGGCCACAUAGGUCAGAAUUCGAUUAUGAAGUGCUGCUUUUAAAGCGAAGUGGGAAGAGUGGAUUUAUGCCCAAUGCAUAUGUCUUCCCGGGUGGAUUAGUUGAUUCUUCAGAUUUUUCUAGCGACUGGCUCCAAGUUUUUAAAUCGUUUCGCAACUCGUCACAUUUUGGUUUGGGGGUUGUUAAACAGCCGCAUGAAACUAGACCGCCCAUAUUUGCAACCGAUAGAGCAAAGCUGGGCUCUCCUAUACCCGGACAAGUAGCGUUUCGGAUUUGUGCUGUUAGGGAAACUUUUGAGGAAUCGGGUAUCCUUUUGGUUGUUCCACAGAAAGCGGAUGAAACUCAGCAUCAGCCGCCAACAUUAGCUCCGAUAGUUCAUAAGUAUGAUAAACACGAGCUAAAUAAAUGGAGGUCAUUGGUGCUGAAGAAUCCGGUCAAUUUCAUCGACAUGUGUAAAGAAUUAGAAUGCAUGCCCAACAUCUGGGCAAUGCACGAGUGGGGAAACUGGCUCACCCCAACCGGUGUGUAUGGUGAAAAACGGAGGUACGACACUGCCUUUUUCAUUUGCUGUUUGCAAGAGGUCCCUCAAACCAUGCAAGAUGAAAAGGAAAUUAUACAUUUUAAGUGGUCGACUCCAUCAGAGAUCCUGCAGAGCUACGAGUCCCAGGAGAUGUGGAUCGCACCACCUCAGUUCUAUGAGCUGAGCAGGAUGUGCCACUUCCCUUUGCUGCAUGAUCUGAAUCAUUUCUCCAGAGAGCGUGCGUUAGAAGGGUGUGAACCAUGGCUGCCAGUCCGCCUAGUGUCAUCUGAUGGUUACAUGUUACUGCUACCAGGGGAUGAGUUGUAUCCAGACAACCCAGACUGGAUGGGUGAGAACCAAGUUAACAUGACCACAGAAAAGUCUUUGGAAGAACUGCCAGCUACUGCACUUCAUCGAAUAGAGUUUCACAGCUUGUAUGAUGCCACUGUCAACGUGAAUAUCAAACCCAGAUACAACCAUCGGAACCCAAUUAGUAAAGUUUCAGACAACCCUGUUAUUAAAGAUAACAGUAAGCUUUAAGAUUGUAUUAGAAUUCCUAUACUGCUUUGAUGCCAGGUCUCGAAACUUGACUUGAAAAAGACUAUGAACAACUUGGUGCCUUUAAUCUAACAGCAAUUUAUGUUUAAGUUGAAUUAGUUAAAAUACAGAACAAUUAAAUUGUGACCAUUUGUACUGAUACAGAGGUUGGAUAAUACAUAGAAACACUAGCUAUAACACUGUCAGUAGUGUGUAGAGCCUCCACGGACAGCAUUCCUUUGUGCUUACAAGGUGAUUCAGUUAUUCUGAAAGGUUAGGUGACCAAUCCUCGAUGAUUACAGUCACUAAAUCUAUUACUUUUGAAACUGGUACACGUGAAAUAUCCAUACUGUUUGCAGUCUGGGAUAAAAAAUGCAAUCAAAGCUCUACUAUAAGUCUUGUCACAGUUGGCCAGAUCUGCUGUCUUGCCCAUUGUGACUGAAACAGGCUUGCAACAGGGAGAUGCAGCUUUUAUAUAUUACAGCAGUGUCAGGGAUGGCAUGUAUAUUAUUAGUAUAAUGUAAGGGACAAAUCGUUUACACAGACGUUUUAAUUUGUUUUAUCCUAGCUGACAAAGUGGCAAUUCUUUAAUAUUUUCACUGUCUUUUUUUUUUACUUAAAAAUAUGUUUGUUUUUAAUAAGCUACAAACUCAGUGAAAGAGUUUUAACAUUUAAAAAACAAAGACUAUACAUUAAAUUAUUUAAUACAUUCAUGGUUCAUGCUUUACAUUCAUUUAUGCUGGAGAGAGGGCGAUGUGUACAUUGUGUGUUACCUGUAACUGAUUACAUGAUAUAGAGCCUGCAUUAUUUAUAUGUGCAUUCUUCAAUUGAGCUAGGUGGCUUAGUGGGCUAAUUUAGUAGUAUAUUCUGCCUGUCGCCUCUAGAGACCUGGGUUUCAGUCCUCAUGUCACAAGAGAAAUUAGUUUGGUCUCAAUAUGUAUGUUAGUCUACAUCAGAAAAACACCAACAUGUUCCUGUAACUGUGUGUUAAGAUCAAAACAUAAAAGUAAUGUAACAACAAAAAAUAAAACAAUUUGUUAAAUCAAAAA